CUUUGCUUCCUUUAACUCCACGUUGCUGCGAGUUGGCUGGGUUUAUUCCAUAUUGGACAGUGUAAGAAAAGAAUGGAAUAUAAGAACCUUCUCUUUGGCAUCCUUCUUUGCUGCACUUUGCUUACAGCUAGCUGUUCUUACAUGAUAUUUGAGGAAAAGCGGAACACAGAAACUAGUGUGGUGAACAACAAAAUGAAGUUCCCAGACCUCCCACCUGUCUCUAUAGUAGAUUUAACCAAAACAUCCAAGAAGAUAAGCAGGAAAGAGGCUGAAAAAAAGAAAUCUCUGAAGAAAAAGUCCCAACAGAAAAAGCAUCCCCGGCCGAGACCAUCACCCCCUCCUAACUGUGUGGCUACCUGGGCAAGUUGCAAACCUCCCUCUCAGCCAUGCUGUGACUUCUGUGCCUUCUGCCAUUGUCGGCUAUUUCAGACAGUCUGCUACUGCCGAGUGGGAAACCCGAACUGUUAAACUAAAACCAGGAAUGCCAUUGGGACUCUGACUCUCAUUAGACCCAUUGGUGCAUCUUCUAACCCUAUUGGUCUCAUGCAUAUUGCAAAAGACGCUAAGCCUUUGAAGCUGACUGGCUUUGGCUCCUUCCACAGCCAAAUGAAUUAUGGGAUAUAUUAUAUAGGGUUAAUGCUGUCAUAAACAAGGCCAUUCACAGCUAUACGAAGUUUGACAAGGAGUGGGAAGGAGGGAGCUAGAGGCUGACAGCCAAAAGAGUAUUUACAAGAGAGGUGAAGGUUGCAUAUGGCAAAGGAAUUAUGCCUCCCUCCCUUCAGAAAGACAUUUUACCACAUGUUACAGAUUUGAACAAGAAGGUGGACACAUGGGCCACUACAUAGCUCCAAACAGGCACAUUCCUGAAGAGUGGCCAUGUUGGUCCAUAGCAGUAAAAAGGUAAACAGUUAUAUGGACAGAAGCAGACAAUGCAUGGAUGCUCUAGCCAGAGUAGAGGCUAAAGCCUAUUGCAAUUAGCAACCCAGUGGUCCCAGAAAUUAACAGUUUCCUGGCUCUGAUAAUCAUGACCAUCAUACUUCCCUUGGUACAGUGGAUGUGUGUGCCGAAAAUAACUAUUGGACAGUGCCACAGCUUUCAGUG